UAUCACGAAUGCGAAGGAGAAUGUCGCGGUUGGGAGAGGAUCUAGUCGCUUUCUGGUCGUGCAACUACCAAGAACAUCGCAACCAUCGUCUUCCUAUUAUUAUCAACAAGUGUACAGGAACUAACAAUCACAGUAAAAGAGAUGGGUUGUGAGUGUCCGUUAAAUCCAGGAACAGGACCAUCAUUAGCUUCGACAUGUGGAGGACCAUCGUUUAUGCUCUUUAUGGGCUUGUUGGAGGUUUUCUUACGCAGUCAGUGUGACCUCGAGGAUCCAUGUAAUCGACCUCGGUCAAAGGAAGACAUAUAUCCAAGUUAUGAUUUUAUUGUAAUUGGUGGAGGCAGUGGUGGAGCAACAGUAGCUGGACGACUAGCAGAAGAAAACAGAUUUUCUGUUUUACUAAUUGAAGCUGGACUAGAUGAGCCAACUGGUACACAAGUUCCAUCAUUUUUCUUUAACUUCCUUGGAAGUUCUAUAGAUUGGCAGUAUACAACUGAAGCUGAAACAGAUGCUUGUCUAAAUAGAGGAGGGAAAUGUUUCUGGCCAAGAGGAAAAGUUCUUGGAGGCACGAGCGUACUGAAUGGAAUGACUUAUAUGAGAGGAUCAAGAAAAGACUACAAUGACUGGGCACGUUUGGGAAAUCCUGGCUGGUCUUACGAAGAAGUCUUACCAUUUUUCCUUCAUAGCGAAGAUAAUCAGCAAAUCGAUAGGAUGGAUUUCGGUUAUCAUAGGACUGGUGGGCCACUCACAGUUACUCAGUUUCCUUACCAUCCUCCUCUGAGUCGAGCUCUCAUUGAAGCUGGAAAAGAAUUAGGUUACGAUAAUGUGGAUUUGAAUGGAAGGACUCAUACCGGUUUCGCAAUAGCGCAAACAACAACAAGAAAUGGUUCAAGAUUAUCGACAGCUCGUGCAUUUAUUCGACCCAUGAAAGAUCGGCCAAAUUUCCAUAUAAUGUUGAAUUCAACUGUUACGAGAAUUUUAUUCGAUCAUGACAAACAAGCGUCAGCAGUAGAAUUCGUCCACAAUGGUCAAGUGCAACGUGUUGGAGUCAAUAAAGAAGUUGUUGUGAGUGGAGGUGCUAUCAACUCUCCACAAAUUCUCUUGAAUUCAGGAAUUGGCCCUCGAGAUGAAUUAUCAGCUGUUGGGGUUCCAAUAAUCCAUCAUUCUCCAGGCGUAGGGAAAAAUCUUCAUAACCACGUGGCUUAUGCUCUAGUAUUCCAAAUCAAUGAUACUGAUACAGCACCGUUAAACUGGGCUACUGCUAUGGAAUAUCUAUUAUUCAGAGAUGGCCUAAUGUCUGGAACUGGAAUCUCCGAGACUACUGCCAUGAUUAACACCAAGUAUGCAAAUCCUAGAGAUGAUCAUCCAGAUAUUCAACUGAUUUUUGGUGGAUAUUUAGCAGAUUGUGCGGAAACUGGAAUGGUUGGUGAAAAACGAGGAAAUAAACGCAGUAUAUUAAUGAUUCCAACCUUACUACAUCCUAAAUCUCGUGGAUAUUUACGACUACGUGACAAUAAUCCUUUGUCAAAGCCCAUGAUGUAUCCAAAGUACUUGACUCAUCCUGAAGAUGUUGCAAGAUUGGUUGAAGGAAUAAAGUUCUGCAUUCGUUUAGCAAAAACUCGAUCAUUAGCUCGAUACGGAUUUGAGUUGGAUCGCACGCCAGCGAAAGGAUGUGAACAUUUGAGAUUUGGGUGCGACGCGUACUGGGAAUGUGCUAUUAAGCGUGAGACUGCACCAGAAAACCAUCAAGCUGGUUCGUGCAAAAUGGGACCAGCAAAUGAUCCUCUAGCUGUCGUUGAUAAUCAAUUAAGAGUAAAAGGUGUUAGAGGUGUUAGAGUUGCUGAUACUAGUAUCAUGCCCAAAGUUACUUCGGGAAAUACUAAUGCUCCUGCGAUAAUGAUUGGAGAGAGAGCUGCGGACUUUAUCAAGAAAACUUGGACGAGAUGAGAAAUAAGAUAUAGAUAACGCAACAUGGAAAGAAAAUAGCUAUCGAUUUUAAUCGAAAACUUAACUUUAUUAAUUAAUUUAAAAGAUAUUUUUGGAGAAUCAAUAAGUAGCUUUUACACGAAAUAAAAUAUCAAAAAUGUAGAAAUAAAAUAUUUUAAUAGAUAGUAGGAUUAUUUAAAAAAUAAUAAUUAUAAUAAAAGAGUAUUUUUAUAUAAAGUUAAAAUUAAAACAUAAAAAUUAUCGUAUAUUAUUUGUAGAUAAAAGAUUUAUUUU